UUUUGACAGCAGCACUGUGUUGAUAUUACGUGUAGUUUCAGCUCCUCCUGCAGUGGAACGGCACUCAAUUAGCUGGGAAAGAAAAAACAACUGCAAAUUACAGCAAAACACACAUUCCAGCAUGAAUUUGGUGGAGGAAGAAAGCGAUCCGAAAAAGGAUCACAUUAACGAGAUCAUCCUUUCGGAAGAUGUGCAGCGCGCCAUCGAACAGGUGCUGCAAAGUUCCGAUCCGCUCGACCAGCCCGAUUUCAAUCCGACCGAUUACAUCAACCAGCUGUUUCCGAACGAACAGUCGCUGUCCAACAUCAACGAGGUGAUCGCCAAGAUGGAAUGCGACAUUAGCCUUAUCGACGACAAUAUCCGCAGUGUGGUGCGGGGUCAGGUGAACACGGGCGAAAAUGGGCGGGUUGCGCUGAAGGAAGCGCAACAGUCGCUGACGCAGCUGUUUUCCCUCAUCACCGACAUCAAGAGCCGGGCGGAAAAGACGGAAGACAUGGUGAAGGAAAUCACGCGCGACAUUAAGCAGCUCGAUUCGGCCAAAAACAAUCUUACCUACGCCAUCACCACGCUUAACCAUCUGCACAUGCUGGUGGGCGGGGUGGAAAAUUUGAAACGGCUCUCGGAACGUCGCCAGUACGGAGAAGUGUUAAACCCGCUGCAAGCCAUCAUAGAAGUCAACCAACACUUUCAGCAGUACUCGGAGAUAUCGCAAAUUCAAACACUCUCCGCCCAGGUGCAACAGAUUCAGUCGGAAUUGGCUACCCAAAUUACGGAUGAUUUUAAGAACUUCUUCUCACCGACGAGCCACAGCAAUGCGAACCGGAUGACGCUGACGCAGCUGAAGGAUGCGUGCCAGGUUGCAUCGGUGUUGGAUAAACCGGUAAAGAAAAACAUUCUUAAGUGGUUUAUAAACCUUCAGCUCCAGGAGUAUGUGCAACUGUUUCACGAAAAUCAAGACAUCGCUUGGUUGGAUAAGAUCGACAAACGGUACGCCUGGGUGAAGCGUCAUUUGUUGGAUUUUGAGGAAAAGUUUGGUACCGUGUUUCCCACCGAUUGGGAAGUGUCCGAACGCAUUACGGUACAGUUUUGUAGCGUAACGCGCGACGAGCUGUCGAAAAUAGUGGCCCGUCGCCGGACGGAAAUCGAUGUGAAGCUGCUGCUGUUUGCCAUACAGAAAACGGCCAACUUUGAACAGCUGCUUGACAAACGCUUCAACGGUACGACGCUCGUUGAGGCUACCAGCGAAGAGGUGCGGCAGGAGCGCGGCUCAUUCACCAAUCUCAUCGGUAGCUGCUUUAAACCGUAUCUGGAUAUAUACACCGAUAGCAUCGAUCGGGAACUGGCCGCACUGAUAGAACAGUUCGCACAGCAGAACCAGCAGAUGGUUGUACCGAAGGAAAUUAAUCCAGGCAUCAUACCAAACUGUGCAGAUUUGUUCGUGUUCUAUAAAAAGUGUAUGGUGCAAUGUAUGCAACUAAGCAAUGAAAAACCGAUGUACGAUUUGGUGCUGCUCUUUAAAAGGUAUCUCCGCGAGUAUGCCAUUAAGGUUCUGGAGGCACGCAUACCUAAACCGCAGCCACCAAACUCAACCACAUCGUCGAUAAGCUCCAGCAUGUCUCUACUGACGAAAGACUUCCAGAAUCUGUCCACUGCAGCGGGGCAGGUGAUUCAUAAUUUCCUGAAAGAAGGUGAAACGCCCAGAUUCUCCUCGGAAGAUAUGCGCAAGAUUUGCUACAUACUGGCCACCGCCGAAUACUGUCUCGAAACAGUGCAACAGCUGGAGGACAAACUGAAGGAGAAAAUCGACAAACAAUACAUAGCGAAGGUGGACCUAUCGGAUGAGAAAGACGUGUAUCAUCGAAUAAUUUCCAACUGCAUCCAGCUGCUGGUGCACGAUCUGGAUGCAGCGUGCGAACAGUCGCUCCUGCUGAUGACCAAGAUCGCCUGGCACAGCAUCAGCAACGUGGGCGACCAAAGUGGCUUCGUUAAUCAGAUCAUCACGAAUCUCAAGCAAACCGUGCCGGUGAUUCGCGACAACCUAGCCAACAGUCGCAAGUAUUACACCCAGUUCUGCCACAAGUUUGUAAACUCAUUCAUUCCAAAGUACAUCAACACACUGUAUCGGCUGCGGCCGACCUCUUCCGGAUCGUCGUCCGCUUCCGGAUCGGCGGCACUCGUGGCAAGCGCUUCAAGCUCCAGCAUUUCCGAGGGAGCAAACGGCGCAUCCACCGGUGGCAACAUACUCGGCUGUGAGCAGCUGCUGCUCGACACGCACAGCCUGAAGACGGUACUGAUGGAUCUGCCCUCGAUCGGAUCGCAGGUUCAACGGAAACCGCCCGCCAGCUUUACGAAGGUGGUGGUGAAAGGCAUGGCCAAGGCGGAAAUGAUAAUUAAAGUCGUGAUGCAACCCAUCCAUCCGGCAUCGCUCUACAUCGAGCAGUACUUAAAGCUGAUGCCCGAAAGUAAUGUGGUCGAGUUUCACAAGAUACUGGAGAUGAAGAAUGUGCGCAAAAUUGAGCAGCAGCAGCUUGUCGAAGCGUACAAACGGGCAUGUCCGCAGCACCAGCAGCAGCAGCAGCCGCAACAUCAGCAAACAACUGCGUCUUCCUCUGCUUCCGGAACGCUCGGUGCGAGUGGUGGUGAAAACAGUGGCAGCGCUCCACAGACAAGCGAAACAAUUUCCGGUGGAAAUUCAACGCAGUCGCAGCAGAUUGCUGCUGCCGCCGCCGCAAUCAGUGGCGCCGGUUCCAGUAUUAUGGCGUUGGGUGACUCCCUGAUGGACAAGGGAAGAAUUAAGAAGAUAGAAAAUUUAAUCAAAAAUCGGCUACCCAACUAGUGCGUGACCGAUGUAUUUAUAAUGAUUAGAUAUCGGCGGGAUAACCAUAGGCUUAACCGGGCUCGAUGUUAAUAAA